AACGGCACGGAAAAGAAAGCAGUUACACUGUACUGUAACGAUCGUUGUGAGCAGUGCCGAUCCUGAGCAACAAUACGGCAGUGCAGAAAAACGAUGCAAAGAGCGAGCUGCUGGCAGUGCUUGCAGUACAUGUACAUAAUAAAGAAACAUUUGAAAAUCCACGUGUGUUACAAAAUUAAUUUGUUCCCAUCCUCGUACCAUCAUCUUCACCCAACCUUUCAUGUGUAUGGAAAGGAGGGCGCCCGAUGACACUGCUGUACGUACAGGGAUGGCUGUUCACGGCGGGACAACGCGGCAAACCCAAGCUGGUGAUUGAAAACAACUCCUACUUCCGGACGAAGGGUGAUAGCCUACGGGCGUACUGGUCGUGCUCGUUCUACAAAUCGAAGAAGUGCCGCAGCAAGCUGGUAACCCACCGCGGUAGCCAUACGGUGAAGUACACGCACAGACCGCACACCCAUCCGGACGAGUAUUCGGACACGUCCAGCGUGACACCGCUUGACGCGGAUAUUGAUGAAUUUUACAUACGGGAUGGAAAGGACUGUCUUGCUUGAAUCAGGCUGACGAUCGUUGUUUCCAUUUCGGUGCGAUAUUUGAAUGUCUAUGAUUUCCUUUUUUUCUUUUUUACUUUGUAUGGUAUCAAUUAGUGUGCGACUGUGUGUGGAUAACAAGACGUUUUCCCAAAUAAAAUUGACCUGCCCUAGUAGUAGCGGACUCUAGA